AUGGCCAUACUUGCCAGCCGGUGGACACCACGUGGUCCAAGGCAAGCGGUCGCUCCCUGUUCCAGACAAGCUAAGCCGAGGGAACGUCCAAGCAUUCCUGCGGACAGUUCCCAGUCAAACACCAGCCAGUCGGGCAGAACGGCACUUGUCCUGCCGCGGCUGUGUCUGCAGCCGGGCCCUGCCGCCGUGUCCUGCAGGCAGAGCCAGAGGCCCGGAGUUGCUGAGUCGACAGCGGAGCAGCCCAGGGCGCCCACCAGAGCAGCUCUCACCCAACCCCAGAGUCCAGGACAGGGAGGCCCCGGGCUGAACUCUCAUCUCAGUUUGUCACGGUCUUCUCAGACGAGUAAGACGGGGAGAACGAGAAGGCGCGAUUCCGGUCUGAAUUCCAAGACAGAGGUUAUGCCCGCCCCUGCAAAUCGAUUUAAAAUUCCUAAGUGUUCUACUGGUGAACCCCUGGACGGUGCGACACCAAAGUCCUGUCGGGCGCAGAGGCCGCAGUCCUGCACGUCGGUGGGGAGGGUUGCUCACAGCACUCCUGCUAGAUGGUCCUCAGCAUCGCAGAGCCUCGUAAGCAGCGUGAGGACCCCCGUGAGCACGGGGCGCCGGUCAGCCCUGCCCACGCCUGCCAGCCGUCGACUCUCCAGCCUGCCCCUGGCGACCCCUAAAACGGUGCCCAGGGCUCUGGCUUCCCCGCUGCGGGUGUCUGCUCGGCGACUUUCUUCUGAGCCCCAGAAAAAAUCUGCAGUGAGAACUGCAUCAGUGAGAGAGGGUGACAGCAGGCCUGCCGCCGGGCCCUCAGACUGGUCCCCGGAUGGGAGCUUUCCUCCUGCGUCUGUGGUGCCGCAGGCACUUAACUUUUCUCCGGAAAAGAGUGAUUUCAUUUUUUCAAAAAGUAUCACCACAGAAGGAGCGCUGGACGAAGCACAGCCACCUGAAGCUACAACACCCAGUGAGGCUCUUCUCGUGGAUGUCAGACUGGAUCGACUUAGCAUCACCCUGCGGGCUGCAGCCACACCCCUGGGCGACCUCCCGCUCAUCGACUUCUCCAAGACUCCGGAGGCGAGCGUGGCUUUGGGGUCUGGAAGUGGGCCCCUGGUUGACCUCCUGACAAACACCCCAGAUGCCAACAGGAGAGCUGUGGCCAACCCCCGCCACGAGGUGGGACAGCUCAUAGACUUGGCUUCCCCUCUGAUCCUGCUGAGCCCCGAGGCUGACAAGGAAAACGUGGAGUCACCACUUCUCAAGUUCUGAGCGGAAUGAAAUCCUUUGCGUUUCACUCAAAGUUACAAGAACAGUCAGCCCUAAAGUGGCUUUCCACCCUCAGAAAUAAAUUUGGGGAGGAAUUGUAUUGGAAAACUUGAAACACAAAACAGAACCCUAAGUAAAGCUGCCGUGCCUGGAGCGGGGCCUUGGGGUUGGGGGGUGUUUGGCCACCUGAGGUCACUACCGGCCGACGGCCUCCGUCCUCACGGCCCCGCUCACACGCUGGGAGCAGAGCCACAGUCGCUCCAGGUGAAGCAUUUGUUUUGAACCUUUUGUAUGUAAAACAGCAAGUGACUAUUUUUAAAAUUAAGUUUGUAUGAAAAGUUAAACAGUCUAGAUUAAGUUAAAUUGUAAAAUAAAUGAAAUGUAUUAAAGCCUGUCUUGAUGUUUAAGAAUUAUCUGGAUUUUCAAACAUGCAUA